AGGAGCUAGUUCUUUAGCCAACAAAGGCAAUUGAAUAAAGAUGAUAGCUCGAUGUUCCAUCACAGCCGAGUGUUUAAAGAUAAUCUCCGUAAAGGAGCAGAUUGGUGGGCAUGUUCUCUCCAAAGCGGAGAAUGAUGUAGAAAGCGAUCUCUCCAACAAGGAGGAAUUUUGGAACAUUGAUCUCACAUUAGUGGAGCAUGUUAAAAGAUUAAGCUGUUCAAGGCCUCGACAAGUUCGCAACAUGAAUAAAAAGCUGAUCACAAAAGGCUUUAAAACAGCCGGGCUAGGAAAGACAACUUAUACUGGAUCCUGCCAGAAUCUUACACAGAGACGACGGAGAAGCAGCUACACCACAAGGCGAAGAGGAUGCUUCAGUGAAGUAGGCCAUAAAGGCAGUUUAUGGAAAGGCUAUGACGGAGAUGGAGGCAGGGCCACAAGACUUGCAGAGGUUGCGGGUGACACGGUUGUAAGGUGGGGAGAGGCGGAGAUGGUGAAAGGAUCUCCGGUGAAGCACCGGGAAGUGAUCUGCCUUAGAGAAGAGCAAAGAGAUGCCAGAGAUGAAUCAGGUGAGCCUAUAACGCAAGAUCUUGGCGAAGUUUUGACCAACAAGGGUCGAAAUGAACUGAAGACAAAGUGAAACAACAAAGAUAAGGGAGACAGAACAAUAGAGAAAGGCUAUUGAUUUGAUCUUGUAUUAGAUUAAAUCAUUAAAAACGCA